AGCAUUGCGCUGCCUGGGGAAACUAAUGAUAAGCGCCUUAACCCUUUGCGCGACAGGCAGCUGCAGGAAAAAAAGAAGAUCCCUCCUCCUUCUCCUCCUCCUCCUCUACCCUCCCCUUACACCGGCUAGAAAGACCAUGUGCUGCCGUCGCUACUGCUGCUCCCUCCUCCAGCGACUGGCGGAGAGACUGCCGAGCGUCUUCCCCGCGACAGGUGCUGCUGCCGGCUCUCUCCCGCGGCUGAUGCUGGGAUGCAGAGCGUGGGGUCUGGGAGGCUGAUUCUGCCCUCCAUCCUUCCUGAGCGCUGCGAGGGGACCCGGGAGGUGCACGUCCAAUGGAGCAAGACUACAUCCACAUGCACAAUGGCUCUCUGCACGGCUGUGGCUUAGGAUACAUACCUGUCGUCUACUACAGCUUGCUUCUUUGCCUGGGGCUACCAGCUAACAUUUUGACCGUCAUCAUUUUGUCCCAGCUGGUGGCACGCAGGCAGAAGUCCUCCUACAAUUACCUUUUGGCUCUGGCAGCCGCUGACUUGCUGGUGCUCUUCUUCAUUGUCUUUGUUGACUUUUUAUUGGAAGACUUCAUCUUGAAAAAGCAAAUGCCAGAGGUCCUGGACAAAAUCAUCGAGGUCUUGGAAUUUUCGUCCAUCCACACGUCCAUUUGGAUUACUGUGCCGCUGACCAUUGACCGCUACAUUGCUGUCUGCCACCCUCUCAAAUAUCACACGGUUUCUUACCCAGCCCGCACUCGGAAAGUCAUUGUCAGCGUUUAUAUCAUUUGCUUUCUGACCAGCAUCCCUUACUACUGGUGGCCCAAUAUUUGGAAAGAAGACUACACAAGCACACUGGUCCAUCACAUCCUCAUCUGGAUCCAUUGUUUCACGGUCUACUUGGUGCCCUGCUCCAUCUUCUUCAUCUUAAAUUCCAUCAUCGUGUGCAAGCUUCGCCAGAAGUGCAAUUUCCGCCUGAGAGGCUAUUCCACUGGGAAAACCACCGCCAUCUUGUUUACCAUCACCUCCAUCUUCGCCAUCCUUUGGGCUCCAAGGAUUAUCAUGAUCCUCUAUCACCUUUACGUCUCGCCAAUACACAACAGCUGGUCAGUCCACAUUGUCUCAGAUGUUGCCAACAUGCUGGCACUCCUGAACACGGCCAUCAAUUUUUUCCUGUACUGUUUCAUCAGCAAGCGCUUCCGCACAAUGGCAGCCACAACGCUCAAGGCUUUCUUUAAGUGCCAGAAGCAACCAGUCCAAUUCUACACAAACCAUAACUUUUCCAUAACUAGCAGUCCCUGGAUAUCUCCAGCCAACUCCCACUGUAUCAAAAUGCUGGUUUACCAAUACGAUAAGAAUGGAAAGCCUAUAAAGAUAUCACCAUGAUAGUCACCCAAAAGGUUUCCCAGCGGAGGAAAGUUCUUUUCAAACGGUUACGUCAAUGGGCUGCAACUGCCGGAGGAGCAAUGGUCACUGCUAAGAGUGGCUAUUGGAUUUAAUUUCUCUUCCAGAGUCAGGAGAGUUGGCUAGAACUGUUAACAGGAGCCUUUGAUAUCGGGGAGACAGAAAGACGCAGAGAAGCAGGCAACAUCUCCUACAGGGCCUUGAAAAAAGAGGCUUUCAGAAGUGGCAGUUAGAUGCCUGAGCACUGAUGCCAUGGAACAUUGUUGGUGAUAAUAAGCCACUGCGAAGUGUACCUGAAUGAACUUAUGUUCUAACCAAGCAUACACCUGUACUGAACGUUUUCUCUCUCUAUAUAUAUACAUAUAUAAAUAUAUAUUUGAUGUGGUUAUUUACAUUAUCUGCCCUCGCUCGGUUAUUUUUUUGUUUACAAAUUGUCAUGGAGUCCUACCACAUGGAUUAUUCUAAUGUUGAAGACAAGAAGCGAUCCAUCUGCAAAGUAUUGAUUUGUAUGGUGGCUCAGUGUGUCUUUUUAGGCUCUCUGGAGGAAUGACACAGAACGGGAAGAAGCCAUCCUGUGGCCCACAAGGCAACAUGAGAGCUGUAACUUAUCCUUUUCACUACGAGUGCUGUGUUUCAUGGAAUGGUUGAGCACAUUGUGCCAAGAGCAGGGAAGGGAUUUCUUGAGCAGAGAACAAAAAUAACAUAUUUGAGCAUCUUUUUUAAAAAAGAACCUUUUUUGAAAAUUCCAUAUUGAAGCUCACUAGGUGUUUUGUUCCCUGAGCGAUACGGAAUUAUUUUGUGAUCUAUAUGGAGACAGUAAAUCUCACAGAAGCCUGAGGAGACAGCAAUACUUUCUUGAGUGGGCUACUAAUGGUUAUUUGUACACAUUUGAAAAAACAACAACACCAUGAAUGUAUGGAGAAUGGGGUGCUUUUUGUUUUUUUAUAAGCUCCAGAAUUAAAUCAUUCAUUUUUCAAAGUUACCUCUCCCUCCCACUAAAAGGGGUUCGGAAGUAACAUCCAAGAGACCUCAUAGCGUAACAGUGACCAAGAAAGAAUCACAUUCUUUCAGCAGUAUGGUUAGAACAUUUUUAAAUAAGCAAGUCCUUCAGAAGCCCAGCUUCGAAAGCAUAUGACAAAUGACACCAGAGUUUCUGAGACAUUUGGGAAACGGUUGAGGGGAAAGUGUACCUCACGGCUUGCUGCUGAAUAACUGCGUUGGUCAGUUAACUCUGGCCGUAAAGUACGGGGAAUGUAACUCCUGGUGUGCUAAGCACCGUCGUAGGUGUGGGAUUUCAGCAGACCUCCGCACACUGGACUGCAUUGUUUCCUCACAUGUCUCAAUCACCUUGUUCAUUGCUAGCCCAGUUCUUCCAUCUGUUGCUUUCAGGAACAGGAAUAUGAACCCCAUGACAAAGAGUUGUGGAAGUGCAUUGCCGGGGGCUGUGUGAUAUGCAGAGUCCACACUGCCAAUCAGCAGCUAUAAAGAAAGGAUGUAUUUGCAACCUUUUUGCAAAGGUGUAUUAUUAUUAUUAUUAUUAUUAUUAUUAUUAUUAUUAU